CUGCUGCCGGGGCCGGGGGGUGCUGAGGGGCCUGCGGGCGGCGUGCGGAGCGGGAAGGGCCAGGGGCGUGCGUGUGAGUGUGUGUGCGUGUGGCGCUAAUGAAAGCCGAGCGCAAGCCCCCUGCCUGCUCUGGGACGCUGUGAAAGCCUCACCUCCCGCGCUCAGCCGUACCGCCGAGCUCCCCUGCCCGCACCGCCGGAGCGUUGUGGUUUGGCUCCUUGUUCGGCAUUCUCCAUCAUAAAUAUCCUAUUCAGAACUAAACCCAAAUCUUCACUGUCUGGAUCUCCUAAAGGUCAGCAAUUCGGUUCCAUCAUACUGAGUUUGCCUGCAUUCAAAGCUGUUUACCUACAGUAAUUUUCUCUGGUUGGAAGUGAACAUGUCUCAAGUUCAAAUUCAGAAUCCUUCUACUGCCCUUGCAGGGAGCCAAAUACUGAAUAAGAACCCGUCUCUUUCACAGCCAUUGAGUAUUCCUUCUACUACUAGUUCUUUGCCCUCUGAAAAUGCAGGUAGACCUAUCCAAAAUUCUGCUUUACCCUCUGCAUCUGUUACAUCCACCAACGCAGCUGCAGCUCCUUCUAACAUGGCAAACCCCAAAGAGAAAACGCCAAUGUGUCUUGUGAAUGAGUUAGCCCGUUUCAACAAGAUUCAGCCUGAAUAUAAGCUUCUGAGUGAGCAAGGUCCAGCUCAUUCUAAGGUGUUUACAGUGCAGCUGACUCUUGGGGACCAGCACUGGGAAGCUGAAGGAACUAGUAUUAAAAAAGCGCAACAUGCGGCAGCUGCCAAAGCAUUGGAAGGGACAAAAUUCCCUAAACCUACAGCUCGUCCAUCUCGUAGCGAAGGCAAGAAUCCAGACAGUGUAACCCCCACAGUGGAGUUGAAUGCACUUUGCAUGAAGCUGGGAAAGAAACCUAUGUACAAACCUAUUGAUCCUUAUACGGGGAUGAGAUCCACUUACAACUAUACUAUGAGAGGUGGUACUUAUCCUCCACGGUACUUUUACCCAUUUCCUGUUGGGCCUUUGCUUUAUCAAGUUGAGCUUUCAAUCGGAGGGCAGCAGUUUCAUGGGAAAGGAAGAACAAGACAAGCUGCUAAGCAUGAUGCAGCUGCUAAAGCACUGAAAGUUCUGCAGAAUGAGCCCUUGCCUGAGAAACCAGAGGUUAACGGGAAAGAACCAGAUGAUGAAAAUCUCAAUAAAUCUGAAAUAAGCCAAGUUUUUGAGAUUGCACUUAAAAGGAACUUGCCUGUGAAUUUUGAGUUUUUCCCUCUGAAACAGGUGACUAAGGAAAGUGGUCCUCCCCAUAUGAAGAGCUUUGUAACCAAGGUGUCAGUUGGAGAAUUCAUGGGUGAAGGUGAAGGAAAGAGCAAGAAGAUCUCAAAGAAAAAUGCUGCAAUAGCAGUCCUAGAAGAACUGAAAAAACUGCCACCCCUUCCUACAGUUGAGAAAAUGAAGCCGCGAAUCAAAAAGAAAACAAAAUCAAUAGUGAAGCUGCAAACAAGUCCAGAAUAUGGUCAAGGCAUGAAUCCCAUUAGCAGACUUGCCCAGAUACAGCAGGCCAAGAAAGAAAAGGAACCAGAGUACAUGCUUAUCACAGAACGUGGUCUUCCAAGACGCAGGGAAUUUGUUAUGCAGGUGAAAGUUGGUGUACACACAGCUGAAGGAAUGGGCACGAACAAAAAAGUUGCUAAACGAAAUGCAGCUGAAAAUAUGUUGGAAAUUUUAGGUUUCAAAAUCCCUCAACCUCAGCCUCCAAAGCCAGCAUUAAAGACAGAAGAGAAGACACCAGUGAAGAAACCAGGUGAUGGAAGAAAAGUAACCUUCUUUGAGCCAGGCUCUGAAGAGACUUCAACUAGUAAUAAAGAAGAUGAGUUUAGGAUGCCUUAUCUCAGUCAUCAGCAGCUUCCUGCUGGAAUUCUUCCCAUGGUCCCUGAGGUUGCACAAGCUGUAGGAGCCAAUCAAGGACACCACACCAAAGAAUUCAAUAGGGCAGCCCCAAAUCCUGCCAAGGCUACUGUAACAGCAAUGAUUGCUAGAGAGCUAUUGUAUGGUGGUACUUCUCCUACUGCUGAGACCAUAUUAAAAAAUAACAACUCAUCAGGCCAUGUACCCCACGGACCACUUACUAGGCCCUCUGAGCAGCUGGACUAUCUUUCCAACGUUCAAGGAAUCCAGGUUGAAUAUAAAGACUUUCCAAAAAAUAACAAGAAUGAGUUUGUAUCUCUUAUAAACUGUUCCUCUCAGCCACCACUGAUCAGCCAUGGAAUUGGAAAGGACGUAGAAUCUUGCCAUGAUAUGGCUGCAUUGAACAUUUUGAAGUUGCUGUCUGAGUUGGACCAACAAACCACAGAGAUGCCAAGAACAGGAAAUGGACCAAUGUCUGUAGAAGUUAAAAUGCCAAGGGCUGUUACCUUCCUCAGAAGGAUGAGAGGAUGUGUGAAACAAGAAAUGGAAAGUGACCCUCUUCUCAAACCGGCUAACUCAAACACUUUGGGACAAACACUGGACAGCACUGCCUAAAAAGGCUUUUGACUGGACCCAAACCUGAAAGCACCAGAGAAAAUCAAAUGCUUCCUAUUAAUGUAACCUAACUGUUUUAGAGUGCUACAGUCUUUACAACCUACUGUAGUGUCUAAAUCAUAACCGUUGCUUUUUCUUCAAACAGUGAUAAAUUUUUAGUUUCAUUAUGUUGUUUUGAUUGAAAUGACACUAUAAAUUUUUCAUUUAAAAGUUUCUUAAUUGUAUCUAGAACAAUAGCACAGUUUAGAAACUUUGUCUUCUGAGACUGACAUGUUAUCUGUGAACUAACUUGGGAAGAUCAUAUCCAUGUAUGUGGUUAUUUUGUUUUUAUUGAAAUAGCAAGUUUCACUGGAAACAAAUUGCGUGCCCACCAUUUUUUAAAAGUCCAAUGUUUUCGCAAAUCUAGCUUAAUUAUCCAACGGUUGAGUGAAUUAAAACACUUUAGGAAUUUUAAACUUUGAUCAUUUUUGGUUACUUUCUAGUUUUCUUGAGUGGGGGUAUGGGAACUUGAAUGCAACAUGACUUUAAAUGAUCUCUGAUCUAUGUUUUAAAGAUUGUGUGUAUAGAUGGCACACAGCUCACUACAUUACAGGAUAUGAUCUCAAUGUAGUGCAUAUAAAACCGCAGAUUGAUUUUCCUUGAGUGCUUUAUACUGUUUAAUUACAUCUCCAUGUAGGGCUGAAAAAAAUUACCUAUGUUUAUAUAUAAACUGUGUUGCUUUUGAUGUUGUGUUAUUGCGCACUGAACUGUGCGCAAUAAAGUUUUUGCAUAUGGUCCAGGUAAAGCACGAUAGCCUUGCAAGUUAAGUACUGCUUCAGUUCAUUGUUUACGCUGGAAUUUUUUCUCCCCAUGGAAUGUAAGUAAAACGUAGUGUUUGUCACCAAUAAAUGGUAAUACUAAAUUUUUUUGGUUAAUUUAUUCUUGUAUGCCACUACAGGGGCUGCUUUUUUAUAGGAUUUGUAAUGCUUGUGAUAUAGUACGGGCAGUAUUGUAAAGCUAUGGAGUAACUGUACAAUGGUUAUCAACUACAUAUAAAUAACUGCUAUUUAGUAAUGUGGAGAAUGUGAAAAAUUGGCAAGGUCAAGGAAAUUCAAAAGUAACGUGGGUACAUUUUGUUAUUUGUGCCACAGUGUGUUAGUGCAACUGUAUUAAUGGGAGCUUAAACUAACGUUAUGAUUAUGAAAAGAAACCUGGCACAACAGGUUGGAGUGAUUUCAAAGUUUAAGUCUCUACUUUUAAGUUUCCUUGUUUGUUUGUAACUUGAGUCAUAACCUUGCCUUGCACCUAGUAAUUUUUGGGAGGUAGUACUUUAAAAAUGAAACAAAACUUUCCUUCUAGCAACAAAAACUGGCACCGUAGACUGACCCAUGGCAGUGUGUCAUUUGGAUGUGAACUACAUUCAGUGUGUACUUAACUGGUAAUCUGUAGCAACACUUCCUAAACACUUAUUUGCAGUGCGUGUAGUAACUCUUGUCAUAAAAAGCUGUUACUGCACAUGCUAUGUCUCAAAGCUAAAUGUCUUGGCCAUUUUAUUUGCAUUAUCAAAAGCAAUUGGGCCACGCUAACUGCAUACCAAAUUUUAUUGAAUCAAGUUGGUUUUGCUCAUUUUAAGUUCAAAAAACAUUGUAAAGUUUUUUUUUACAUUUGUAGAACUAAAAUGCUGUACAUUUAAAAAUUAAAACAAACUUGCUAGGCUGAGGCUUUGUAUUGCAAAUUCUUACAACUUAGAAACUACUUACCAAACAAUUAAUAUUGGAAAACAGCUAUCACAUUGGUAGUAGUAUAAAUGGUCUGCCUAUGUUUAGCUGCUGCAACUUAGUUUUCUCUUUGGAUGGAACUUCUAGCUUUUUUGCAGCAUUAAUUUGCUGAUAAUGCUAUGUUUCAUGUGAACGUUAAGGUACUUUGCAAUAGGUGCUUCUGUUUCAACGCUCUUAAAUGCAUCCUUUAUCUUCGAGGUGCUAUGUAAGAGAAGGUUCUUUUGUCAAAGACCUUGAAAUAAGAGCCACAUCAUGGAAGACUUCAGGUCUCUGUGGAUUCUAGGUAACCCAAAGUGAGUUCUAGAUAAGUGUUUUCUCUAGAGCACUACAAUCUCCUUUUUUUUUUUUUUUUUCUAUUGGCUCUUCUGUGCUUGGAAGAAUGAUUACAUACUAAUGUAUGUAAUCACCUAAAGGCUUUGUAUUAUGCUUUAGUUCAACUGAUACUAGAGUGUUCCACAAAGAAGAGGAGUAUGAGAAAACUGAUGCAAAUGUGAAAAACCCUCACUGCAGUAAUCUAGCAGGCUUAGUACUGGUAUAAAGCUUACAUUUCUGAGUACUAGCAAAGUGCUGUCUGUAAGACACCUCACCUUUUUUGGAUUAUUUCUUUGAACUUUUUACUUUCACUUUGGGAUCUUUAAGAAACCUUUUGACUGCAACAGAAUGAGCUGGAGCUUCUGAAUGUGUACAUUAGCUUGGCUUCUAUGUAUGCGCUUGCAGUCUUACUGUUCAGAAAUGAUCCCGUUAUAAAAACAAAAAGUAUAAGGCUUGUUCUAAAAUGACUUUGUAAUAUUCAGAUUUUCAUUGGUUAGGGUUGUUUUCCCUUGGUCCCUUCAGUGGAUUUCCUGUUAUCCUAUUUGAUUCUGCUUAAGUUGCCACAAACUUUAGUAAAUGAAUGCAUUUCCCCUUAUGUUUCUCUGAAAACAUUUGGCAAUAUGACACUACUAAUCUGGGUGUUCCAGAAUCUACUGUAUAUUUAGUAAAUUGUGAAAUUUUGCAUUCAUAAUACUGUUCAGUUCAGCUACAGAGAACAUCCCUUUAAAAUUACAUUUAAAUGGGAAUAAGGACAACCAAGUAUUUAGUAGGAUACAUCAGUCUUGUAACUGUUACACUAAUGAUUGAGAUAGUGACCUUGUUUCUUUUCAGAAUUUACCACAUCAUUUCAGCCUCUUAAAUCAUAUAGCCAGUGUUCUGCAAAUAGAGCUGCCCCUAAGCCACUGCCUCCAAGUGCAGAGGAAGGAGGUUUGAUCCUGAGGGGUUUCCACUACUGCUUUAAUAACUUUUAUAAUUGAGGGUGAUUCCUGAGGAGACAGACUACUGGAUGAUAGGAGAUGUCACGUAGCAGAAUAAGCCACUGAAUUUCAGUCCAUUUCAGUCUAGUUCAUUUGGACCUUUUUUAAUGCCUAUCCAUCCUACUUCCAAAAGCAUGCAGAGCAUACCAAGCUCCAAAGUAGCAGCUCAGAAUGUUGGAAAACAGAUCCUGGAAAUAUUUUUGUUAAUUUUCCAGUAGUUCAGCUUGUAAAUAAAAUCAGCAAAGAGAGUGUAGGCAGUAUAUUUUCCUUCACCAAAGAAAAUGUCCUUUCUGCCUGUGCUCCCUCGCUUUGAUAGACUCCGGUCAUUAGGUUGUUAUCCUCUGGUAUAGGAAGGAAAGCAUUCAUUACUGCUUUCUAAAAUUUCAAAGCCUUAAGCCAAUGUCUAAAUUCUAGCAGCUUUUGCAUUGCUUUCCUUAAAGCCUUUUCUUAUUAUUGCAAGUAUACAUACAGCUGCACUUAUUAAUGGCUCUUGUCAAAAGAGUGAUACUGUGCCACUAUUUUUUUGAAGGGGUGCAGUCAAAUGUCCCAUUUCAAUGCCCUGUAUAAGAACCCAAGAAGUGGCUUUGUAGAUGUGCUGCAUAUGAAACUUAACAAAUGAAACCUUUUCCAGUGCUGUGUUAUCAAGCUUAACGACUGCUGCAUAAGUUUUCUAUUUUAAGUAACAGAUUGCACGCUAAAGAUGUAUAAGAAGAAGGGUAGUUGGGUAGUCCAUGUUUAUCCAAGGAUUUUGGAGUUUUAUCUGCUUUAUUGAAUGGGUCAGUUUGUUAUGCUUGAGAUGAAAAACUGCAACACUUAAAGGGGAAUAAUGAAAAUUGGUCAGGGAAUAUUUUAAGCAAAAUAUUUUGUUAGUAGGAAAUCCUGACUUCCCAAAGGAAGAAACAUGAUUUUUCAUGAUCUCCAUCCUGAAACUAAGAAUGAUGGAUCUUAAACAAGGAUCUGUGCAAAAUUUAUUUUUGGGAAUGCUGACCUGUAGGAUAGCUAAAAUGUGCCUACAGAAUGAGCAGCAGCCCGGAUUCACUGUGAUACAUGUUUGUUCCAUGAUAUUACAAUACAUUCCCAUACCUUGAAUUGCAUUUAAAAUGGAAUUUUGUUUUGCAGUCAGUUCUAAAUGUAAUGACAAUGCUAUUGCUGAAGCUCUUAUACUGGCUCACCUUGUGUCAAAUAGACUUUUUUUUUUAUUAUUAUUAGACAGCUGGUAUUUCCUAGAGAUAAAUCCUAUCUGAAAGGACUCAGUUGGGGAAUCUGCAGUUAGCAAGGUAGCUGUUUGGCCAGAGAAUUGAGAACGUUAAUUUUAGUAACAUACAUCAGGGUUAAAUGUAGCCAUAUGUAGAAUUCUACUGCAAUUAUUCUAUUACCUGAGGAUCAAAUCAAAAUAGUGUUCUAACCUACUGGCCAAAAUUUAAAAUAGGAUUUUUAUUCUGAUUUCAUGUAUAAAGACAAAUGGUUGAGGUUCCAGAAGUGCCUAACUGCAGGAAGGGAUACGAUGUGUAUAUAUCACUUCACAUAAUCUUCUUGUUUUGUGAAGCGACCACAUAAUUGUUUGGUUUGUCUGCAGAUAAAAACCAACAGAACAAAGCGUGAAUCAAUGUAAUAGCUUCCUUAAGGGCUUCUAUGUUUAAGUAGUUUUAUGUAGAUGAUUCCUCUGUUUAAGUUCAGAUGAAGAAAUACUGCUCCAGAGGUAGUUACCAAUCUGGAAAUACUCAACUUCAUCUCUGUGGUUGUGACAUGCUGUAUUGCUACCCUUUAUCUGCUGAUCAGAUUCAUAUACUUUUUUUAAUACCCAGGAACUUCUGAGCAAGAACCUGAACAUCCCAUGGAAGGAGGCUGGGGAAAAUAAGUUGUUAAAGCAAAUUAAAAUCUCUAGGAUAUUAAAUUAAUCUCUGGAUUAGAACUGAAUAAAAUCAUACAGAUGGUGAAUACUUAUCCAAGAGUUUAUUUUAUUCUCAGACAAAUGAUUUUGUGUACCACUAGCAGUAUUCUAAUGUAAUAAAUUGUAUUCAACUAGAAAUGAAAAAAAUAUAGUGCUUUUAAACUGUAUUCCUUCUCCCAUUUUGAAUUUCAAUGUUUUAGCAACUUGCUAUAAGGUGUUUACAUUUUUGAAUAUCCAAUGAUAACGAUACAAAGAAUAUCCUCAACAGAGUAUGCUUUCAGCAGUACCAUUCUAAACUACCAUUCUUUCAUUCUUUGCUAUUUCUAACCAGAAAAUAGUCUUCAAUGUUUAAAUGCCUUUUUUCCUCCUUCUUCUCUUUUAUUUUUUUUUAAGAGAAGGUAGAUCAAAUGCUCCUUAAAGAGGCAAUCCUAGCCCUAUGUUAAGGGACAAAACCUCUGCUAUUUUUCAUGUCCAAGUCCAAAUGCAAAAGCCAUUUGGGUACAACUGGACAUCUCUGCAGACACCAGCUCCUACUCCACAUUUUAUCAUGGGUGUAAUCUCCCAAGUUGCUGUACUUAAAAUUGCAACAAAGUACAUCACAGUAAGGAUAUACUGCUAAUUAGUGUUCACUGUUGCUUUCACACAGCAGCUUGGUUUUAAUGGAGAGAAGACUAUUUAGCUCUUGCCAAGAAAAAACAAUUGGGAAACAAAGGCAUCAUUGAAAAAAAAAAUCAGUAGUUUUUGGUAAAGGGGAUUCAGUGAAACAGUCCUACACACUGUAUUUGCAUAAAAUGUUUGUCUAGUCCUUUUAAAGCUUUCUAAGUAGAUACUGAAGAGCUUAUGUAUUAAAAUGUUGAGUCACAAAGUUAUUUUAAUUACUAAGUGGAUAAAAAUUUAAAAAUGUACUACUACAAUUUCACAAAGGCUAAAUACAUUUAAAUAAUUGCCUCUUUUAAGCAUUAUUAGCAAUAACUGUGUUGUGCUUUCCCUUGUACUGUGUAAGUUGAAAAGUCUUGUAAUGUGUUCCUGUACACUCUUUCAACAUUGCAGUUGAAAAACUUGUCCCAUGUAAAUGGACCAGCGACACUCAGUUCAAUUUUUGCAAGAUAAAAGUGUUCACACCCUUCUCUAAAAUCACUUCCAAGUUAACACCAUAUUGGUCCAUAAUUGCCUUGUCUUUUUGCUCCAUCUCUUUGACAGAGCAGUCUCUUUCAUCAAUACCUAUGUAAAAUUCAUUUGCUAAUAAUAAAAGAGAGUAAUCUGUAAGCCAUCAAAGCUACAUUCUUCCUAAAAAAAAAAAAAAAAAAAAAUUUCCUUUAGCCAAAAAUAUUACUAGUAUCAUUAGAAAUUGCUAUGUCCUCAGUGCAAAGCUGUUAACAAGGCAGCUGCUCAUCUAACAGGCACGUACUGUUUCCACUCUUUAAAUGGUUUCUCUGAGCUUGGAAAAAUUAAAAUGUUUUGAUCAAUUUUAAGGCUGAACCUGAAGAAAUGAAUUAAAUCAGCGUUAAACCCAGUCCUGCAAGGUGGAGUGCUCAGGCUCACUCUAAGACUUGCUGCAACAGUUAUACCCUAAAAUACCACAGCAUCUUUGGGAAGAUUUGUGGUCAUCAGAAAAUCAAGGCUGGCAUUUCUCCGUGUGUUUUUGUGUCCCUGGUGAUCAAUAGCUACUGACCUUUUAAUCUGCUACCACAAACAGGUCUGAGGUUCCUGCUACAGUCACAGUGG